AUGGAUGCGGCCGGCAAAGUCCCCGUCAAACUCGUCAAAGUCACCCGAGUCCUCGGCCGAACAGGCUCCCGAGGUGGUGUCACGCAAGUGAGAGUCGAAUUUAUGGACGACACGAGCCGAAGUAUCAUCCGAAACGUCAAGGGACCAGUGAAAGUCGACGAUAUCCUGUGCCUGCUCGAGUCUGAAAGAGAAGCAAGAAGAUUGAGAUGA